AUGACAAGGGUUUGUCUAGUAACGGGUGGCACUGGUUUGUUAGGAAACAGUUUAAGAGAAGUGAUAAAAAAUGAAAACAGUAAUUUUGUAGAAGAGGAAAAUGAAAUAAUUGUGAAUUCGAGAGAUAAAAAUGUAAUUAAGAAAUAUAUCUUUUUAAGCUCAAAAAUUUGUGAUUUAAAAAAUUUUGAUGAUACCCGCAAAAUUUUUGAAAAACAUGAAAUUACUGAUAUAGUGCAUUUUGCUGCAUAUGUAGGUGGUUUGUACGCGAAUAAAAACAACAACCUGCAGUUCUUGGUUGAUAAUUUGGAAAUCAAUUUAAAUAUAGUUAAACUGUGUCACAUGUAUUCGAUUACCAGAGGAAUAUUCACACUAUCCACUUGUGUUUUCCCAGAAAAGUGUAGUUUACCUUUGGUUGAAGAAAAUAUACAUGAGGGGAGAUGUCACUUAAGUAAUGAAGGAUAUAGCGUAUCGAAAAGAGUUUUGGAAGUAUUGGUUAGGUUUUAUAGAGAAAAAUAUAAUUAUGAGUGGAUCUGUAUAAUACCUACAAAUGUAUACGGAAAAUAUGAUAAUUUUAAUUUAUCCAAUGCUCACGUAAUACCCUCUAUUAUUCAUAAGAUGUAUUUAGCUAAAGUGAACAACAUAAACGUAAAACUUAUGGGUGAUGGGACAGCUGUCCGUCAAUUUAUAUACAAUAGAGACAUAAGCAAUAUUUUAUACUAUAUCCUCAAUACGUAUUACUCCAAAUAUUUAACAAUUAUUAAGGAUGAAGUUUUCAGCAUCAUUUUUUCCACUAACCUUCCUUCGAAUGAAUUAACCAUUAAGGGGCUGGCAGAAAAAAUUAAACAUUACCUAGAAUUUAACAAUGAAAUAUUGUUCGACAAAACAAAGGACAACGGAAUUCAUCGAAAGACCUCGAGCAACGAUAAAUUAAUGAAAAUAUUGGAUAAUUCUUUUACUUUUACUGACAUAAACCAGGGUUUGAAGGAAACUAUCGAAUGGUUUAUUACAACAUAUGAGAAUAUAAGAAGAUGA